AUGCAGAAUCCAUCGUGUCUGCUAUAUGAUGCUGAAGAUGCCCGCUUUGAAGACCGGCCUCUUCCUGUGAUCGAGGAUCCUUACGAUGUAAUCAUUCGUAUCGCUUACGUGGGGGUCUGUGGAAGUGACGUUCACUUUUGGCUCCAUGGUGGUAUCAAAGACUUCGUCUCCCCAGACUGCCCUCUGGUCAUGGGCCACGAGGCCUCGGGCAUCGUACACACGGUGGGACUGGCCGUAACAAACCUGCAACCAGGUGACCCUAUCGCCAUCGAGCCGGGCUCAGCCUGUCGUCUUUGCACUCGGUGUAAGGGAGGGCAAUAUAACUUGUGCCCGCGGAUGAAGUUCGCUGCCAGCCCGCCGUACACCCAUGGCACGUUGUCGAAGUAUUACAAGAUGCCCGCGGACUGCUGCUAUAAAAUCCCCACUAACCUGGAGAAGCCAUUUGGGCUGGAUGAAGCCGUGCUGAUUGAGCCGCUUUCUGUCGCGGUGCAUUCCGUACGGCAGGUUGGGGUGCAGCCGGGCGAUAAGGUUGUCAUCUUUGGGGCUGGAACUAUAGGGCUGCUGUGCGCUGCUGUGGCACGGGAGUACGGCGCAAGCUUCAUUACCUCCGUGGACCUGAGCCGCCAUAAGCUGGAUUUCGCGCACUCCUUUGUGCCUAAUGGGCGUGUGGCAUUCACGACGGCCAUCCCGAACAGUUCGCUUUCUCCAGAGGAGAAUGCCAAGUGUCUGCAGGCAACGCAGCAGAGUUCUCAUCUCACGGAAUCGGAUGUGCCUGGCUUCGAUGUGGCAAUCGAAGCUACAGGGGCGGGACCCUGUAUUCAGAUGGCAAUUCAUGCUCUGAGAGUGGGAGGCUCCUUUGUUCAAACUGGUCUCGGAAAUGCGAAUGUCAACUUUCCUAUUACGACCGUCUCAAUGAAUGAGAUCACUGUCAAGGGGUGUUUCCGAUAUGGACCAGGUGAUUACAAGAUGGCACUGGAGUUGGCACUCACGCGAAAGAUUGAGUUGCGUCCUCUUAUCACCAGGGUCUUUCCAUUUGAGAAAGUUACUGAAGCCUGGGAAACCACGAAGAAAGGCGAGGGUAUUAAGACGUUGAUUCGGGGCGUGGGUUUUACAGAGGGCAUGGAGCAGGAGAGCUCUGGAUAUGUCUGA